UCUCUCUCAUCUCCCUCCCAUGUACACCUUCCCUCUCACCCGCCAUCUGUACGUCCAAGCUCACCAGCAAGCUUGUACUCCACGUCAUAUUCGUUUUACCGUCUGAGCGAUGGCUCUCCAUCCCCAACUGGCAAUUCACAAUUUCCUACCCAUUCACCUUCCCCGUCGAGCAACCGUUCACAUCACACCGAGCCUUCUACUCCACAGGAAUAUCUUCAGCUAGGAAUACAAUACCACGAAGCAAACAAACUACAAGAUAGUGCAUUUUACUUCGAGAAAAGUGCAAAGGAACAGGGUGGGUGUGGGAUAGGGAUGCUCAUGUGGGGAUUGACAUUGAGGCACGGGUGGGGAUGCGAGAAGAAUGAGAAAAGUGGGUUUAAGUGGUUAACAAAGGCCGCGGAAAGCGCAGUAGAUGAUUUGGGCAAGGCGAGAGAAGGCAUGGACGUAAAAGCUGUUAGAUCGGAGCUUAUACUAGCGAUUUAUGAGGUUGGGCAGUGCUUUUUUCAUGGCUGGGGUAUAGCUAAGGACUACAAGAUGGCAGUCAGUUACUAUCGAGUUGCUGCCAACCUUGGUGACGGGGACGCACAAGAAGAUCUCGCUUUUUGCCUAGCCAAUGGCAAAGGGUGCAAGAGGGAUAAAAAAGAAGCUGCUAGGUGGUAUCGCGCGGCUGUCGAACAAGGUGCCAGCGACGUGGGGAUGGCGUGGAUCUACAAGGAUAAAUAC